AUGUAUAAACCGACAUCCAUACUGUUGGAAAAUCUUAUCAAUAGAGCCACUGAUGCGACAUUAACUGCUGAUAAUUGGCAAUAUAUUCUUGAUGUAUGCGAUAAGAUAUCUGCUAAUCCAGAAGAAGCUACAAAACAAGCCAUUCGAUUAAUAACGAUUAAAUUAUCCAGUAAGGAUGCUAAUGUGAUCUUAAGAACAUUGUCACUUUUGACAUCGGUAGCUGAAAAUUGUGGAUCUCGUAUGAAACAAGAGAUUGCUUCCAGAUCAUUUUUACAAGAUAAUUUAAUUAAGAAAUUAAAAGGUGAUUCUAGAUUACAUAAAACAGUUAAAUAUAAGAUAGUGGAAGUGAUUGAUCAAUUAUAUCAUGAAUUUAAGAAUGAUCCAUCGUUAAAACCUAUGACUGAUGCUUAUAAUAAAGUGAAGACGGAAUAUUCUCAAUAUUUUAAAUCGUCUUCAGCUCCCAGUAAACCAGAAAAGACUCAAAUUACUAAGCAGGAUAAAUUAAAAGAAGAUGAAGAGUUACAAAGAGUACUUAAGAUGUCGUUACAAGAAUAUGAACAAGAACAACUGGUUAAAAAGUCGUACCUUAAUUCAAAACCAUUACCUGAUACCAAUAAUAAUAAUCAAUCUCAAUCUCAACCUAAUAGAUCUCCACCCCCUGAAACUCAAACUAUUGCUACAGUUUCAAAAGUAAGAGCUCUUUAUGAUUUGAUUUCAUAUGAAGCAGAUGAAUUAUCAUUCAGGAAAGGUGAUGUGAUUACGGUUAUUGAAUCGGUUUAUAGAGAUUGGUGGAGAGGUUCAUUACCCAAUGGUAAGAUUGGUAUAUUCCCGUUAAAUUAUGUUACACCUAUAGUAAAUAAAUCACCUCAACAAGUUCAACAAGAAUUAAAUGAAGAAAAUAAAGUGUUAAAUGUUGAUCAAAGGAAAAUUGAUAAAUUAUUAGCUAUAUUAUCAACAGCAUCAGCUAAUCCAAGUUCAAUUAAUGAAGAUGAAAUAACGGAAUUAUAUAAUGAGAUUAUUCCAUUAAGACCACAAUUAGGGAAGUUUAUUGAUAAGUAUAAUAUUAGAAAGGAAGAAUUGGGAGUAUUGAAUAAUCAAUUGAAUACAGAAGUGAAAUAUUAUAAUGAAUUAAUGGAUUCCCUGAUUUCAAAAAGAGCAGUUAGUAAUAAUACUGGUAAUCCAUUUCAAAAUAGUUCAAUCCCAUAUCCAGCUGCAUACCCUACACAGUAUGCACCACCACCACAACAACAACAACCAUCAUUCCCUCAAUAUCCUUCUAGUUAUGGUCUUGGACCAGAUUCACAGUUGCAGCAACAACCAACUAGUCAUGGAUUUGGGAAUAAUGUUUAUCAUACUGCACCACCACCUCCACAAUCUCAACAACAACCACCACCACAUCAGCAACAGCCACAACGAGUGGGUACUCAAGAUUAUCAACUGUUUCUGAACAUUGAUAGAUUCCCCGAUGUGAAUAACUUGUAG